CCACUGGCCAGGCAGUUGGUAUGCUCCAGAAUCUGAGCAGCUCCUUCUAGCAUCCUUCAUCCUUCAGGUACCAGCCAUCCGGGCAGUGCUUGAGCUGCAGAAACUGGGGCCGGCCCUCGAAGGACCUCUGACCUGAUCCUCCCCAGUGGCUUUCUCUGUAUUAGCUGCCUUUUCUGCUACUGCGUCAGAUACUUACGGCUGCAACACCCUGCAGGGUGGGACACCCAUCUCAGGCAGAAGGUUUUGGUGCACCCCACUCACUCUACACCCCAGGGCUGCCACCGCCUGUCACCUCAGGAUGAAAGGGGAGACCCCUGUGAACAGUAAUAUGAGCAUUGGGCAAGCUCGCAAGAUGGUGGAACAACUUAAGAUUGAAGCCAGCUUGUGCCGGAUAAAGGUGUCCAAGGCAGCAGCAGACCUGAUGACUUACUGUGAUGCCCACGCCUGUGAGGACCCCCUCAUCACCCCUGUGCCCACUUCGGAGAACCCUUUCCGGGAGAAGAAGUUCUUCUGUGCCCUCCUCUGAGCUGCCCUGUCCCUCCCCACACCGCCUCAUCUCUCCCCCUCCCCGGCACUUCCCUAGGUCGGUAAGGAGGCUCCUUGCACACCACCCCUAGCCCCUGCCCGACCCUGUGAGGUCAUCUGAAGCACAAGGCCCCCCUCACCUCUCUGUUCACCCCAUUUCCUUGCCCGCCGAGGCCAACCCAAGCGUCCCAGUGUCUCGGGGCACCCUUUGCUUCAGCCACAGAAGGGAUCCGUCAGACUCUGCCAGCGUCCUGCCCGCUCCCCGCAGGACCCGCUCAGACGAUGGAAAGAGGGAUGGGCCGGGUGCUUGCUCUGUCUCACCUGGAGCUACUGGAAGCGUAAAGCCAUUUGAAGAAUAAAGUCAUCCAGAGUCUCAGAGGA